CCAACCAUGAGAGCCCUGCAUCCAGCCCUGGCCGGCGCCUUCCUGACCCUGCUGCUCUGUCUCCACAGCCCGUGCAUGGAGAAUCCUACUUUGGGGACAGCUACUGCAGCUUACAAGCCGUCCAAGAUGUCUCCACCUUCCAGCUGUCGCUGGAUUUCAAAACGAGUCGCCGGAGUGGACUUUUGCUCGUGGCUGCUGGGAUGGAGGACUACCUGUUCCUCGAGCUGCUAAAUGGCAAACUACAGGCACGAUUAAAUCUAGGAGCUGGAGAGAGCACGCUGUCCUCUUCUCAAGAAGUGCAGUUGAAUAACCUGAACCAUCACCAGGUGUUUCUGACACUGGAAGGCGGCAAGCUCACUAUGACAAUAGAUGGUCAGUUUUCAACGUAUGUUCCUGUGGAUGUUGGCGAGGAAAGGCUGAAUAUCGACCGUGGCGUUUGGCUCGGAGGAACCGGUGACCUGGACGCCCCCUACCUCAGCCACUCCAUCCCGCCUUUCCGUGGUUGCAUGAGCGACGUCAAAUUCGAAUCCCAUCGGUUUAACAUUCUCACUUCGGCAUUCAAGGAGUGCCAUGACACCAAGGAAUCGUGCAGCAUCGAGUUUGAGCAUGGGGAUGGGGAGGCAAUUAGUUUCAGCACUCCAGAUUCCUUUGUGUCCUUCCCAACAUGGAGUGCAUCUUCUCGCGCUCCAAGGACGCUAGAAUUCCUUAUGAAAACCACCAUAGAGGACGCUUUACUGGUUUUUCACCACGGCCAGGAGUCAGACUUCAUUGCUAUCGGUGUCGUAAAAGGCCAUCUCAAAGGUGUUCUGGACCUCGGAGAUGGUAUGAAGUCCGUGGACAACACACAGGUGCAGCUGGAUGACGACCAGUGGCACAGGGUUAAGAUUCAGGUUAACCCAGACUCUUUUGUCCUUAAUGUCGACAGCCAGUCCUCAUCCGUUCCUCUCGACUCGUCACAAAAACUGGAUUUGGUAGGAAACCUGUAUUUUGGAGGCAUCCAGCAGAAGAUGAAGGAUUUCUUUAUUGAAAGCGGAUCCUUGAACCGUUUCGAGGACUUGAUAACAUCUGAAUCUUUCAUCGGAUGCUUUGGGGAAAUCAAAGUCAAUCAGAGGGACCGCACCCUGCAGGACGCCUUGGUGACCAAAGAUGUUCAUAUAAAAUGUGAAGGAGACGAGUAUGACUACUCAACCUAUUAUGGUGGGGACCCAACAACCACUUCCCCACCCAUCAUCAUCCGAUAUCCUGUUCCUGAAUUAAACGAGCAAGAUUGCUAUCCGACAGGUUCGGAACCUGAGGUCUUCAGAAAUGUAACAAAGUUUUUCAAAAUCACCCCUUUGCGAGUGCCUGAAGGUGGAGAAACUUAUCUUGACAUCAUCAACCUGAGCCCUACGUUUGACCUCAGUGCUGCAGGACUGCGCCCAUCUCAGAUUAUCUUUACGCUCCAAGAGGAUCCCUGGUACGGCCUGGUUGAUAUCAACAUCAAGAGACACACAAACAAAUUCACCCUGCUGGAUGUGGUCAACAAGAAAAUUAAGUAUAUGCAUGAUGGAAAUGGAGGCACUGAUGAUCAGAUCCAAUUAGACGUACUGGCGCAGAAUGACAGCUACCUUCCAGAGUGCUUAAAAACUGCACAAAAUUACUUGCUCCCAGUUAUAAUUAUUCCAGGCAGCCCCUUACCUGAUGUCCCUGUGCAGCAAAUUACUAUUACAGAAAAGGGAAGGUCUCAUUUGAGUCCCAGCCUCCUUAAUGUAAGUCAGUCAGAAUCCAGCUGUGACCAGUUACAUAUAACUGUAACCUCAGGUCCUUCUUCUGAUUUUGGUUACCUGGAAAAUGGUCAGCAGCCAGGAAGAAGAAUCUCAGAGUUUACAUGCAGCGAACUGAGUGAUGGGGAUAUCUAUUUCGUACACAAAGCAGGUGCGACCGGUGAAAUGACCUUGGAAGUGUCUGACGGCGGGUCAGUAACUCAGUCAAGCGCUUUUAUGUUUUUGGUAGCACAACCACACAUGGUUAUCGUUAGCAACUCUGGCAUUAGUUUGGUCCAGGGGAGCAAUGCAUCCAUAGGAAUUCAGGACCUGGCUGUCAUCCCUUAUCCUCGCAAUGGGGAUGUCACGUACAACAUCACACAGCAUCCAGUGUUGGGAGAGUUAAGAGUUAGGAAAAGUAACGGCAUGUAUGAGCAAGUUACAAGUUUCCACCAGUUUCAUCUGGAUCGAGAGCUAAUUACGUAUUUCAGCACUGACAUAAGUAACCAGGAAACCAGUAAGGUGGAUAGCAUUCGGUUCGACCUCCAUCUGGGGGAGUUUUCUCUUUUAAAUAACCUCUUCCGUGUUGAGAUCCAACCUCCCAAGGUAAAAGUUUUGCACCUUGAACCUUUGCAGACGAAACCUGGGGAGAAGCAAACAAUCACAGGGCUUCAGGCUGAAGUGCAGGGCAAAAAUCCAGAUCCGCAAACAAUUAAAUACAUCCUCGUCAAGCCUCCUGUCCUCGGUAGUCUCCAGAUAUCGGGCUCAGAGUUGAGCGAGGGUGACAUGUUCACACAGAAGGACAUUCUGGACAAUGCCUUGAGUUACAUGGCACAGACGCAAAAAGCUGUGGAUAGUUUGGACCGUUUUCAGUUUAGGGUGUUUGCCGAGGACCAGUACUCUCCUUUAUACAACUUCCCAAUCAACAUACUUGCAAAUUUGGAUGAAAAUGUCCAGGCAAAUAAGGAGCAGGUGGUUUUCCAAGGGGGCGAGCUAACUUUGAGCAAAGAACACCUCUGGUUGCAGUUUCCAAGUUCCCCGGAUAUUCUGUAUAAGGUCACACAGGAGCCGAAGCAUGGACAACUCAUAAGGGACUCCCCGCCUGGAGAACCUCGAUUUGAUGUGGCGAUUAGAUAUUUCAGCAAUGAAGAUCUUGAAUCUCACAGGCUGAUUUACAAGCACGACGGCUCCAGGACUACCAGCGACGAGAUCCAUUUCUCAACAACUUCACAAGGUUCAGAAGUGGUGACCGGUGUCUUCAAAAUAAGGAUUCAGUUCAAGAAUGAGCACGCACCGGUAAGGGUCGUGGACAAAGUCUUCAACGUGGUCCGCCGUGGCCAGCGCUUGCUCACGACGGACGUCAUUCAGUUUAAAGACGAUGACUCGAAUUUCAACGACACUCAAAUUGUCUAUGCGAGAGAAGGAAUCCUUUCCGGCAACAUCGUGUCGGCGUCCAGUCCAUCGCAGCCUGUUUUCCGCUUUACGCAAGCCGACCUAAGAGACAAGAACAUCUUAUUUGUUCACCAUGGGGCGGACCGCGAACAGUUUUCCCUGCAGGUUUCUGACGGCUUUCAUAAAACCACCACGCUGCUCCAAAUCCAAGCUGGCGAUCCCUACCUGCAAGUGGUGAACAACACAAUGAUUGUCAUCGACAAGGGGAGUACCAAGACCCUCGAUACCAGCCUGUUGAGCGCUGACUCCAACAUGGACAUCAGAGAUGACAACGAGAUUAAGUUCACGGUCACAUCGCCGCCCAGCGAGGGCAGGAUUAUAGUGAGUGGGAUCGAGGCUUCAGAAUUCACCCAGGAGGACUUGAGGAAAGGAGUGGUGUCAUACGAGCACAAUCACGAGAGCCUUAGGGCCAAGGACUCGUUUGGUUUCACCGUCCUGGCAAAAGGACAUUCUGAGGAGGGCACAUUUAAGAUUAAAAUAUUUAAGCAAGGUUACCUUUCAGAGCCAGAGGUGAUAACCAACGAGGUCAUCAUUUCCUUUGAGGGAGAGCCCACCGUAAUCAACCAGGAUCAUCUCAAGGUUGAGCAAAAGGAUAUCCUUCCCACAGAGAUUAUUUUCACACUGAAGAAAUUACCUGAGCAUGGUCACGUGGUCAUGCUGAAAAACAGUUCAGAGGCCACGGCCUCCCCCAUCCUCGACUACAUCAACUUUUUUUCUCAGGACGACGUUGAUCAGGGACGCAUCUUCUACGUGUCGGCACCUCUCCAGGAUCGUGACCAUUUCAUGGUGGAUGUGAGCAACGGUUUCAGCACAGUGGAGGACGUGAUGAUCAUGGUGGCGAUCAUGCCCCGGUUUAUACCCAUCCAGGCUUCCAACUUCUCCGUGAAGGAAGGCCUCAAUCGAGUGAUUAAUGAGGAGAUUCUGAACAUCUCACAUCCUUAUUAUAGCUCAGCAAGCAUUGAUUUUACCGUGGGAGAGCUUCCACGGCACGGCGAGAUCCGCAACCUGGAAGGAGACGAGCUGUCUUACUUUACAUGGGAUGAUGUAAAACUUGGACAGGUCUUCUACAUGCACGACACAAGCGAGACCACAGAGGACAGUUUUACAGUCUCUGCCUCAUCUUAUGAGAUUGAUCGGCGGAGUCACCCUGUCACCAUCGCCGUCGCUAUCAUCCCGGUGAACGAUGAGCCGCCAGAAGUGGCACGCAACACCGGCCUGGAGGUUCUUGCCGGCGAGGAAGCCGUCAUCACCGCCAGUAUGCUGAGGACGGAGGACCUCGACACCCCCGCGCAGGAGCUGGUUUACCACAUAGAAAUGCCAACCAAUGGCGUGGUGGCAUUAGGAGAGGAGCCGAGGGAGAGCAUCCAAAACUUCACACAGGCUCACAUAAACAGAGGGGAAAUCAUCUUCAUCCACAAGGGUGAAGAGUCCGGUGGGUUCAGCUUCACAGUGACGGAUGGAGAGCACACCUCUCCUCUCUAUCAUUUUGCCAUCACGACCAGGCCUCACACCAUCACCUUGGAAACAGGGGAGGAGCUCGUGGUGUUUCCAGGAACACGUCAGGCUAUCAAGAGCGCCAACCUCGGAGUUGCAACCAGGCAGGAUGGGAGCGACGCAAGCUUCCUGCUCAUCCGCCCACCUCGCUUGGGAAGGCUCAUCUUGGCCAAGGACCAGAACCAGUUUGAGGAAAGUCUCUUGAUCUCACAGUCACAGCUGGAGUCUGGAGCGGUCUACUACGAGCACCAGCUGCCCACCGAGCCUUUCUGGGUGCUGAGGGACUCCCUGGAGUUCACGGUGGUUCCUCGAUGCAAUCCAGAGGUCCGUCGCGUCCUGCCCAUCACCGUCUCCUACGCUGCUCACAGCAACAUUUCUCUCAGAUGGGAGGAACAAAGGCUUGAAAUCGUUCAGGGCCAGACGAUGAUUGAUGAUUCCAUUCUUGAUGCCUCCAACCUUCUGGCAAGUACUGAAGAUAAGCAAAGAGGCGUGGAUGUUGUGUUUGAAAUGAAGCAAUUCCCUAAUCGUGGUCGCGUCACCCUGGGCGGCGAGGACCUGCCCCGUAAUGAGCCGCUCUUCACGCAAGAAGAUGUGUCUCAGGGGAGGCUGGAGUACCUACACGAUGACUCGAGGGCCGCCGCGGACAGCUUUGCUUUCAGAGCCCGCCUGAAGUCAGAGGGUGGAGUGGCCUCCCCUGCUCAGUCUGUAAUCCUGGAGGAGAUCUUUUCACAUUUCCCCAAACAACGUGGCUCCAACCCCCCCGAAUUAGUCACAACGGAUAUGCUUCUGGAGGUUCUCCAAGGCUCCAGGGCCUUCCUGACCCAGAAGCAUCUCAAUACUCAAGACGAAGAUAGUCCACCAGAUGAGGUGCUUAAGGUGCCCAAAGCCCCCCGUAAUGGUCACCUCUUCAACUCUGUUACGUCAGAACGUAUCUCUGAGUUCACUCAGGAAAUGAUCAAUCGGGAGGAGGUGGCCUUCCAGAGCGAUGGCCACACUUACAAAUGGAUUUGUGGACUCACUAUAUCAGAUGGCGAGCAUGAAAGAGCCCACACUCUGCACAUAGGAAUCUUAGCGCGCACCUUGCUUCUCAAACAGGUCCCUGAGAUCAAGGUACAGCAGGGAGACGAUCAGACUCUUGUGACUGACCAAAUGUUGAAGGCCUCUACAGGAGGCCCUGUAGAGGAGGACAUCCUUUACAAAAUCACCAGCACCCCGAAAUAUGCAGCUGUCAUGGUGGACAGGCAGCCCACAUCUGCGUUCACCCAGAAACCAGAUCAGCGAAGGCCGAGUCAGCGUCGCUUUGUCAAGUCCACUUCAUCCCGAGACAGUUCUUUUACAGCCCGCAGCCGGGCCGCCAACGUCGCCUCUGUCCUCACAUUACUGUGACGCCUUGGACAACAUUGCUCAGGAUCUCUGUUGCCUCAAGGUUCCCUAGUCCGACUGGACAGAAAGCUUGAUGCAACUCCGCUGGCCAACAAGACCAGAGACUCACCCAUCAUUCGGUUCAUCCAGCAGCCCAGAGGAGCUCGAAUUGUGAAGUCUGGGGGUCCUGAUGCCGGUAAGCCCAUGCAGACAUUCACCCAGAAGGACCUGGACGAAGGUCGCGUAGCAAUGGAAAUAUUAGAUAACGCUUGAUCAAAAGCUGGGGGUGGUCAGGAUGAAGCUCGGUUCCUGCUUAGCCACGGGGUCCCUCCAGCAGAAUGUGUGCUGUCAUUCCAGACGAGCCCUUACAACGCUUCUUCAGUUUACCUGGCCACUCUGCUGAGGAUUCCUGAUAAUGGACAGAUUCUUAGCACCGAAGGAGCUAGUUUUACCACUGCAUCCCCGGGCUCUAGAACCCACGGGAAACCACACGUCUCCGCGUGGCAACUUUGGUCUGUCUUCAUCCCCAUUCCAGUUGUCCUCCUGCUCUUGCUUCUGGCAGGUUUGGCCUACUAUCUAAUCCGUAAAAACAAGAGGGGCAAACACAACGUGCAGACAGCAGCCUCCAAGCCCAAAAACGGAGAGGUGGCCACAGCGGACUUCCGCAAAACUGACCCAGCCAAUAACAUCCCUAUGUCCAAUGUGGACUCCAAAGGCACGGAUCCAGAGCUCUUGCAGCACUGUCGGACAACGAACCGCCUUAAAAAGAACCAGUACUGGGUUUUAAAACCCUUUGAUUCCGGACAAAGAAGGAGGUGGACUUCAUUCUUGUCAGUAUAAACGCUUUUCCUGCAGAAGGUUAAAUGAA